UAUGCUGUCUAUCUCAAAGACGGCGGCGGGUGCAGAGUAGGGGGAUAACGUGCCGUAAACAGACAGGCUACUUGGCAUCGCGCCACACAGCAGUUGUCGACCAGGGGGCCUUUUCGUCGUCGCCAUGUCCAGCGGGGAAGUGCAGCUGCAACCGGUCCGUGGCGAUCCCGAGCAGGGCUAUCGCUUGCAUAAAAAUCUGCCGAGGGCUGACGAUGAGCAACUCGCGGAGAAUAACGGGCGAUGGGCAACGAUCGGUGGCGACUGCCCGGCGUUGCGCGACUACUUGGCUCCAAAGGAAGGCACCUGCUGGGCACUGUGCAAGCUCCUCGUGUCCUUCGUACGCGGCUUUUCCCAGACCGGCUUCGCAAACAAUCCCAUUACUGGCAUUAUACUGAUGGUCGGGCUCGUAUCGACAGCUCCUGGAACAUUUCUGGUGUGUUCAGCAACAGGUUUUCUCGGUCACUUAAUAUCAAUGUCAUUACAAGAACCUUCGGUCAAUGUGGACAACGGCCUGACUGUGUUUAAUCCGCUGAUAUUCGGCGCAGUCUCGUAUUAUUUUGUGCCAGUCGUCUAUGGAGGAUUCGACGGGUUCAGUUCGUUGUUGAUGCUGUUGGGUGUUAUCUUCAUAGCAUACUUUUGGAGAGCUUGCGGAAACGGCGGAAUCCCCUGCUUGACCAUGCCAUUCAACGUGGCGGAGCUCAUUCUGCUUUUCACGCUAAAAAAUGCUGCCGAUUCACGGGCCAUUCUGUCAACCGUUCGGAAUGCCAGCUCGUCUAGUUUGGACAAUGCAGGAGCGAUAGCGGCGGAGGCGGGCUCGCUCGUUGUCGAGAACGCGACGACGCACGUCAACGCCAGUCCCGACUGGGGAAUGGUGGUGCAGGCCUCCCUGGCCUCGGCGUCGCAGCUCUUCGUCACGGAGAGCCUGGCCUUCGGCGCCCUCGUCUACCUGGCCGUCCUCGUUUACUCGCCCAUCACGUGCUUCUUCGGAUACCUGGGCUCGCUCGGCGCCUCGCUUGUCGCCCUUCUGCUCGGAGCUCCUCACCAACAGAUUCGCGCCGGGCUCUGGGGCUUCAACGGCUACCUCACGGCCGCGAGUUUGGGCGGCAGUUUCUUGGUGAUGAACGGCCAGGUAGCCGCCGCCACUUGCGUCGCCAUCGUCCUCACGGCCCUCCUGCAGCACGUGCUGCAGAUCAUCUUCGUACCGACCGGGCUGCCAGUCGGGACGAUGCCGUUCGUGCUGACCACUUGGUUGUUCAUCGGCUUGGGCAACUCAUCCGAGGGUCUAUUCAACUACCCCAUAACCAUGUCUUCUCCGGAGGGCCAGCGGCAGGAACUGUUGACUCGCCGAAAGACGGCCAAAUUGGAACAGCGCGCGGAAGCGGCUGAACCGUUGGAGAUACUGCUUCAAAACGGCAAGUCUUCGUCCGCGUGACGCCCAUCCCGUUAUUGCACCGAGUAACAAAACCAAGUGUCAACGUGCAGAGAGAGAGAGAGACCGCUCGCCAGACCCCGAAGUAAUUGUAUAUAGCUUGCGGACUCUGCUCUGCUCCUCUAUUCGGCACAACUAUAGGCAUCAUGUAAGCUAGCUAAAUUUACAGAUCAGACUAGUUUCAGCUCUUUUUGAGAAUACCUAGCCGAGAUGUUAUAUGCAACUUGUUUUUAUACAUACCUACAUUGUAUUGAUAUUGGAUUUUUUAUAAAAUACACAAAGCGUUUUGUUAAAUGAG